UGAUGCCAUUAAUAAUAUUAAAACGUACUACAAAUGUUAUUAUUAAGGUGCUGUCUUCCGUAAUUUUGUAUAUAUUGUACCUACUACUUUAUCACUCUCUCCGUUUAAACAUUGAUGUUGUGAAGAAUUUAUUGAUGGAUUUUCAACAUACAUUUGAUAAGUUAAAGGAUGAAAAUGAAAUUGCUAUUAUAGAGAAAUACAGUUGCAUUGCGAAACGUUACACGAUAGCAUGCAUAGCAGGUGGAAUUUGCGUAAUAUUUAUUAUUAUUCUAACUCAAUUUAUGUCGAAAACAAUUGUUUUUGUUGUAUCGAUGAAUGUGUCUCAACCAUAUGAAUUCCACAUUUUGAUGAAGUAUUUCAUCGAUCAAGAAAAAUAUUUUUAUCUAAUUGUGUUGCAUAUAUAUGCAGGAAUAUGUUUCGGAAUCGUUUCAGUAGUAUCAGUAGGUACAAUGCUCAAUACGUAUGUUCAACAUAUGUGUGGAAUGUUUAGAAUCGCUAGUUAUCGUAUUGAGCAUGCAGUGAGCAUCAACAUUAAACAAAACAUAACACUAGAAAAUAAAAUUUUAAUGAUUGAGGGCAUAGCUUGUGGCGUUGAUAUUCACCGACAAGCUAUGAAAUUGACAAAAGAGUUGGUGUCCGCAUUCGAGAUAAUGUUAGGUUGUUUAAUAGUAUCUGGAGUGUUUUUUUUUAUCCUUAACUUAUUUCAAAUUGCAGUGAUUCAAAAAACUUUUAAGGAAUUGUGUCCUCCUAUUUGCUGUGUAAUUGGCAUUGUUAUAUAUUUGCUUCUGGGUUGCUAUAUCGGGCAGGAUGUAAUGGAUCAUAAUAAUCGCAUAUUUUCUACUGCGUACAACGUACAGUGGUACAAAGCCCCAAUACAUGUUCAGAAAAUGAUACUAUUUAUAUUACAAAAAGAAACCAUAAAGUUUAGUAUGAUUGUUGGUGGAUUAGUCAAUUUUUCUAUAGAAACUUUUGCCAUGCUUGUUAAGCUCUCGGUAUCAUACUUUACUGCACUAUAUUCUACGCAAUGACAAAGCAAUGAGUUAAAAACAAUAUAGUGAGAUAAUAAUUAAUAGAAAAGCAACAAUAUUUAUGCUUAGAAAGUAGGAAUAAUUUUUUGAAAAUACAGUGUAGCUUCUAGAGAAAAGUUGUUGAGUGUUUACCGGUCACUGAAAUCAUAUCUCAUGAGUAUAUAUGCAAUCGCACUUACCGGCGUGGUGUAACUUUGUCGCGUACCCGUCACGUUAAUUACACGAAGAAUCACUAAGCAAAAUUGCUUUCGCACGCACAAAAAUAAUCACAAAGAUUGGGCGCCAGGCGCGAGAGAUCGUGCCACUCUCUCGUUAGAAUUAUCGAAAUCUUUCACAGAAAAUUUGCUGUAAAGUCAGAGGUAGCAACGGGAUUUGAGUAACCGUUUGCUUAGUCACAAAAUUGGCAGAGAGUAUGGUUUUCGGUGCUGGUUGCAGGAUGGAAUAGAGCGAGGGAGCAUAUAGACAACGCAGUACUUAACGAAAAGAUUAACAAAUAAGUUUUCAAGUUACAUCAUUUGUUAAUGGUUCUUAGGGAGAAUAGUGCGUGUUCCAUACGCGGGCGCAUACAGAAAUCUGCCACGAGGUCGUCAGUAUAAGCUCACUCAAAGAAGGCUGCGGUAUAAGUAUCGAGACGCUAAUUAUAAGCGGAUGAUAAAUGCUGUGCGUACACUGCACUCUCUAGCACUCGCAUACGCAUUCCAUACGUAAGAUGUGCAGUAAUUCUUAUGAAAGUACGCAAAAUCGCACAAGAGAAACACACAAUCGGAAAUACACACGCACUCGACAAGGAUAACUAGAGAAGACAAACCCAACGCACAAGAAUGAUAAAAAAUGUAAUGCGGGACUGAUAAUUAGCUGUGGUAUCGGCGGUCGUGUUAACAAAAGAAACGUAAUUAAUACGCGACGAGAUUGGAUGAAGCAGCGCCGACGAAAUCAAGCACACAGCACUGGAACAUGUGCACCCUUUACUACCAGCGAAACGCACAAAGGCCGAUCACUUGGAAUGUGAUAUCGGCGUAAACCUAUCGUGCGCAAUCCAUCGGAUCGGCGAAGUCAAUGGCUUUACAACGGGUGGUUCGUCUCACCACGGCAAGCAACUUCUCACACGCUUCCAGUCAGGUGGGUCGUCCUUGCGGCUCGUCUCCCAGCUCGAUCCACAGCGAAGUAAACUGGCACCAAAAUUUACCACAGAUAGCAUAUUUUGGAUUUUUCACCCCACGUCAAUCACACUACCGUGCUUCAGCGCGCAAUUUAAGAUGAGUCAGUGUUAUUCAGGCAACCUACAAAUGCCAAGGAACACAAAUUCUCGCCUCUAAAUGAGCAAUCGGUGAAACAAUAAUUAUAGUUUUUACAUACAAAUUGCACCGUACUUGACGGAAUUUUAGAACACCGUUCAUAUUAUGCAAAAAAUAUACAGCUCUUGUUAUCAUUGAUAAAACAGAUUAACUGUUUGUAUUGCAAACUAAUAAUAUAAUUUUUUUAUAAUUUAUCACAUUACGAUAUGUAAGAUUAGAAUUAACACGAUCGAGAAUAGCUAAUUGUAAGUACAGCCGAAACGUUUCGUUGAUGUAAUACAUUAAAUUUGUAAAAUUAGAUUUAAUAUAUUAUUUUUACUUUAUUUUA